UCGACUUAGACCACAACCGGGAGAUCGUUAUGAACCUGCACUGGGAGGAAAACCAACACGAAAAUCUCUCGAGGAAGGCUGAUCAAAUCAGGGUCCCCGUGAUUCUCGCGUGGGCGUUGGCACACGACGCAGCAGUGUAUAACACUGGCCAUUCGCGUUGCCCUCGCGAGGCAGCCCAGAGCAUCUGCAAGAGCGCCCACAGCGACUGCAUUGUCGGAGACACCCUUCAAGAUCAAGUCAGAGGCUAUUCGUGCCACUGCAGAGAGGGCUACCAGGGCAACCCUUACCUCACCGGAGGAUGCCAAGAUAUCAAAGAGUGCGAUCAAAAAGAAAAACAUUUCUGCUUCGGGGACUGCGAGGAACUGCCGGGCUCGUUCCAGUGCCGGUGCCCGAAUGGAACGCAUGGCAAUUACACAAAGUCCGGUGGCUGCAUCAUCAUCGAGUCUGAAGAUACAAUCCGAGGUCAUAAUAACUUGGGUUUAAUCAUUGGUCUCUCGGUCGCUAGUGGCCCAUUUAUUCUACUUUUGGUUCUUGGUGCAAUCCUGACUACCCGUGGUUUUAAGCAACGCAAGGCGAACGUGCUGAGACAGAAGUUCUUUACUCAAAACCGUGGCCAACUAUUAAAGCAAUUGGUUUCUCACAGGGCCGACAUCGCAGAGAGGAUGCUCAUCACUUUAGAAGAGCUAGAGAAGGCUACCAACAAUUUUGAUCAAGCCCGCAGGCUAGGUGGAGGUGGACAUGGCACUGUCUACAAAGGGAUUAUGUUAGACCUGCAUGUUGUGGCCAUCAAGAAGUCAAAUAUUGUUGUGAGGAGAGAAAUAGACGAGUUCAUAAAUGAGGUUGCCAUACUCUCACAGAUCAACCAUAGAAAUAUUGUGAAGCUCCGUGGAUGUUGCCUCGAGACAGAAGUGCCUUUACUUGCUUACGAGUUCAUUUCCAAUGGAACACUCGCCGACCAUCUUCACAUGGAAGAACGAGGAUCGCUACCUUGGAAAGAUAGGUUAAGGAUCACAAGUGAAAUAGGCAAAGCUCUUGCUUACCUUCACUCUGCUAUAUCAGUCCCUGUAAUACACAGAGAUAUCAAACCCUCCAACAUACUUCUUGAUGAUGCCUUGACAGCAAAAGUGUCAGACUUUGGAGCUUCAAGGUACAUUAUUCCUGUGGAUCAAACAGGUUCAACAACUGCAGUGCAAGGAACUAUAGGGUACUUAGAUCCUAUGUAUUAUUAUACUGGACGCCUAACCGAAAGUAGUGAUGUUUAUAGCUUUGGAGUCCUUCUUGUUGAAUUGCUUACUAGGAGGAAGCCAUCUCUGUAUAGAUCUUCCGAAGGUGAUGGGCUUGUCAUGCAAUUUGUUGCACUACUUGCAGAAGGCAAUUUGGCAAAACUAAUAGACCCACAAGUUAUACAGGAGGGGGGUAGCGAAGUGGAAGAAGUUGCUACUCUAGCCAUGGAGUGCGUGAAACUAAGAGCAGAGGAGCGACCAACCAUGAGGCAAGUAGAGAUGGCGCUAGAAGCUCUCCAAGCACCCAAUAAGCGUGUCCAGGCUGAUUUGGUAGAAGAAACAGAUGAGAAGGAAUAUGCAGCAACAGGCUAUCCAUCCACCAGCCAACAAGCAAAGAAAAACGAAGGAAGCAGGUGUUAUAGCCAAGAAGAUGAGUUCCUGUUAUCUGCAACAUACCCUCGAUAGUUUUGCUUGCUUGUAAGUGAAUUUUUAGCCAUGGUGAAUUGUUUCUGUUAUUGUAAAUCAGUGCGUGUUUUUAUAUGAAUAUAUAUGCCGAACAGAACUUGAGUGUAUGCUUCAUAAAAA